AUGCGCCGCUGCUACGGGCCCCGCACCGUCAUCACCCUCGAUGAGCUGCUGGCAGAAAGAAGAGCAGCGAGGAGCAGCAACAACAACAACAGCACCAGCACCAGCAGCAGCAGCAGCAGCAGCAGCAGCACAGAAGCAGACAUAAUAAUAACCCAGGUGGUGUGCCCAUUCAUCAACUGCUACUAUCAACCAGGAUGGGGCCUACCCACAGUCCUCCCCACUCUUGGAGGGGUCUCAUACGAAGCCCUCACUUUCACCGAUGCCAACCUGCCUCCAGACCACUCAAUCAGCAUCACAGAUAUCAAGAGAAUUGGGGAUUUGAUUUUCCCGUCGGCCGAUGUGAUUGCAAUGGGGGAUCUUGGGUCUUCGUUGUUCGAUGAGACUUUUCACAGGGAGAUUGACGUGCCGUUUUUUCGGCGCCCGGGCUGCCCGAAUAAACUGGCGAUUCAGCCCCACCCGGCGAUCUUCGAAGCUGCCAGCCGGUUUGUAUCAGAUGUGCUUUUAAAGGGGAUGAAUAGCAGUGCAGAGAGCAGCAGGGAAGGGGAGGAGCACGGCAGUAGUAUAGCAGCUGAGAGCACUCUACCAUCAGUACUUGCUGCUGCCAGUGGGGGUAGCACUAAUACCAGUACCAACAGUAGCAGUGAGACUGUGGGGAAGCAUCAUCGCUACAUGGCGAUUCACUGGCGGCGAAAGGACCUGGUUACCAGCUUUCAGGACUCAGGCUCCCAUCUCACCAUCAACCGCACCGCCAGAUGCAUUGCCGACCGCAUGGCCAAAUCCGGCAACCUCACCACCGUUUUCCUAGCCACUGACGCCGAACCUGCAGAGGUGGCGGAGUUAACCGGAGCUGUUUUGUCCCACAGGUUGGACCUGCGGCUGAUGCAGCUUCCGCCGAACCUGGACGCGCAGGCUUUGGCGCAGGUGCUGGUGCCGUACCGGUUUGAGCAUCCGGGGGUGGUGCGGGUGACGUUGGACAAGGCGGUGUGUGCGCUAGCAGACGUGUUUCUUGGGACGGCUGCGUCGUCUUUUAGUGAGGACAUUCAGCGAAUCCGGACUGGGUUGAGAGUGGCCACAUGUGAAGACCAGGUGUUAUGUGAAGAUGAGCUAUAG